ACGUCAGUCUACGUAAACAGAAUAUUGAAGUUGAGUGUAUCAUUCGCAAUGGAGUAAUGAAUAUACAUAAUACUUCUGUGUUAUAUGUGUAGUUUCGUCAUUCUCGUGCCACUAACUGUGUACAAGUACCAUUAUUAUGCAUUCGAAACGAAAGCGGCAUCGGCCCUCGCGACGCCGUCAUCCGAAUCGUUGACGAUUGGCAGGAAGAUGCCCAGAGCUACGGUGAACGAUAUUGUCUCGAAGAACAUCACCAUGGUCCUCGAGAAUUUGUUAAUGAAUUACGAAAACAGUCAGCUGCCCACGCACGGUAAAGGCGUGCCCACGGUGGUCAAAACCAAUAUUUUAAUUAGAAGUAUGGGUCCAGUGUCUGAGCUCGAUAUGGAUUACUCGAUGGACUGUUAUUUCCGGCAAUCGUGGCGCGACUCGCGUCUAAGCUUCCUGGGCCCGAUCAAGUCCCUCAGCCUCAGCAUCAAAAUGCUCGAGAGGAUUUGGCGUCCCGAUACCUACUUCUACAACGGCAAGCAUAGUUACGUGCACACGAUCACUGUGCCGAACAAAUUGCUAAGGAUCUCCCAGGACGGUGAUAUAUUGUACUCCAUGAGGCUCACUAUUAAGGCCAAAUGUCCCAUGGAGCUGUGGAACUUCCCUAUGGACCGACAAUCUUGCCCGUUAAUAAUGGGAAGCUAUGCGUACACAUCGAGACAGCUGGUUUACGAAUGGCAGGAAGGUCUGUCGGUGAACUUCGUGCCUGGAAUGGCGCUGUCACAAUUCGAUUUAAUGGGCUCGCCGUACAGAAAUCUCACGUUCGUCCGUCGCGAGGGCGAGUUCUCGGUACUGCAAGUAUCUUUCAACUUGCAACGCCACACCGGAUACUUUCUCAUACAGGUUUAUGUGCCGUGCGUUUUGAUAGUCGUGCUGAGCUGGGUAUCUUUUUGGAUCCAUCGCGAGGCGACAAGCGAUCGAGUGGGUUUAGGUAUCACCACUGUCUUGACGCUAUCGACGAUAAGCCUCGAUUCCAGAACGGAUUUGCCGAAAGUUAGAUACGCUACCGCUCUGGAUUGGUUUCUACUAAUGAGUUUUGGUUACUGCGUCGCCACCCUCUUGGAGUUCGCGGGUGUUCAUUACUUCACGAAGGUUGGCAGCGGCGAGAUUCCGUUGGAUGACGAAGACUGGGAAGAAUGGAAGGGUAUCACGAGCGAGGAGUUCGAGGACACAUUUCACACGAAGAUUUCUUGCAGCCCUCAGGCUGUUCAUCCGGAGAUUAUCGAUGCGAGUACCAGAAAGCGCGGUUCCCUCAUGUCCGCACUGUACAGUGACUCAUACGAACGAGAUUCCUGCCACUCCAUCACGGUCGCCGUUUCGUCGAAGCCGUCGACGAUGGAGAGACACACGCAAACUGAGCUUAUUUUACCGAUAUGGCGGCAGUUUCUCUAUUGCUUAGCAGGAGAUGAUGCUUUCAGGCGUCGUCGGCAACGGGAAGCGGCUAGCAACUAUCGAAAAUGCGGCGAUCGUAUGUCGAGGAGGCACAUAAACAGUGUGUCUUACAUCGACAGGGUGGCGCGGAUAGUCUUCCCCGCGUCUUUCGGUCUACUCAACGUCUGCUAUUGGGUAGUCUACGUCACCUAUCAAGAGGAAUUUAAGUGGCAGGAUCCGCCGAUCGGGUCGAUAAUGCCGAUCUCCCAUUAACGAAAUAUCAGUAAUGACAAUAAAGCAAACGUAUAAUGUAUUACGAAGCGGGAGAGACAGGAGGGCACUUCUUUCCCGAAAUUUAAUUAUCAGUUAAUUUUGAAGUAAGUUAACAA